AUGCACUGUGCGUCGUCUCCGCCGGCAACCCCCACCAUCGCCGGCGUCACCUCAGCAGCACUCACAAAAGACGUGAAGAAAAGGCGACACAAGAAGGCACGGCAAGAAGAGGAGACGACGAGUCUGCCUCCGCAGCUACCGCAACAGCGCCAGCCCCACCUGCUGCACGGUGUCACUGCCGCGCCAACUCUGCUGCACCAGCGCUUCUCUGAGGUGGAGCUGCAGUUUCAGCUCGAGCAAGACCGCGCUCAGCGCUCUGCGCUUGCCCCACGCGACAUCGCCAAUCUCAUUCUCUGGAGCGUGCCGGCGUCAGUCCCGAUCAUCGAGUCGCCGCGCAUUUUCUUCAUUAAAAACAAGUCGAAGGUGCGCAACACCGUUGUCAUCUAUGUGAAUGGCUGGUCGUAUGAUGAGAUGCUCUGCACCGGCGUCGGCCUCCCGCGAGCGCGCGGUGAGGCACACGGCGGCGGAGCCCCUCGAGAGCGAGCCACCCCGUCGCCCUCGGCGGACACGAUCGGCAGCACCACAGGUCACGCUGCGGAGAGCGCCGCGGCGGCAGCGAACGCCACGGGCGAUGACGAUGACGCGGCGGCGAACUGGAACACCGAGCUUUGCAGUGCGAUGCUGAGUCCGGUGCGAGAGGGCCGAUGUUGGGCGCGCCCAGGUCGUGGAGCGGGUUGUGCUGGCGGAGUGCAGUACUGCCCACUCUUCAUCCCGAGCACCCGAAACGAGCUGGAGAAGGACCUGUGGUGGCGCAACGAUGCGCCGCGCCGACCGGGGCCCUCUUCGGCAGCCUCGUCCUCAGCGUCGAAUCGCUUGCGCCAAAACCGCAGUCGCGGGGGUGAGGACGGGGACAGGGACGUGGGGGAUCUCCACCUCACGAGCCCUGCCGUCAAGGAUGCCCGUGGCGUCGGCAGCAUGUUCCAGCAGGCAAUGCAGGUACACGCAAAGGAUUCGGGUGCGGGCGACGGCGCCGCCUCCGCGGAGAGAUCGCCAAAGGCCUCGUCGGUACCGGCAGCGGACUCGCCCAUCAUCGCAUCAGACGCCUUCCAGCAGCAUCAGCACCUCUGGGAGAAUCGGACCCUUCUUCAGCAGUACGCCUUGCACCUCCCAGAGCACACAGUCGAGAUGCAGGAGUUGGGCUUCACCGUUGCGCCUCCGCAAGAGUCCACGGCCGCCGCGCAUGCAGAUGGCAGCAGCGCCGAGGCGGACGACAAGGAAACGGCUCUGCCGAACAGAGAUGUGGAGGGAGGGGAGCAGGAUGUCUGGGUGAGCUUCGCAGCGCCUUCCACGGCGGCAACGGCAGACGGCACCGCAUCGACAACGCCAUCGGUGAAGGUUGUCGCGUUUGACUGCGAGAUGGUGGAGGUCGAGGGCGGUGAGAGUGCGCUAGCUCGAGCGACACUGGUCGACGUGCGGACCGGCAACGUCGUGCUGGACAUGCUCGUCAAACCACGUCAGCGCGUUACAGACUAUCGGACGCGCUUCAGCGGCAUUGAUGCGGCGACGCUCGAGCCCGUGUCCACCACCCUCGCGGACUGUCAGCACGCACUACAGCGCAUUGUCGACACGCAGACCUUCGUGGUUGGUCACAGCCUUGAGAACGACUUCAAGGCAUGCAAGUGCGUCCCGAAUUGCUACGUGCUCGACACAACGUGGUUGUUUCCGCAUCCGGCGGGACUACCCUACAAGAACGCCUUGCGCUUUCUCGCCCAGCGUUACCUUCAGCGGCGCAUACAGCAAGGCUCGCACGACAGCGCCGUGGACGCCUUCGUAAGCGCUAAGCUGACGCAGCUAAAGCUCAUCAACGGUCCGUCUUUCGGCAUGCGACCGCGGGUGAGCGUCCUGGGCCUCAUCACCGAAGCGGCUGGCAGCGCCUCCGAUGGUGUGAGCGCGGAGGAGGGGCCGGAAAAGGCGACUGAGGCGGGACUCGAUGUUCAGCUUCAUCUCUUCGACGAUGCCGUGACGCUGUCCUCCCUCCUCCCCGCCCCGCCGAAGUACAACGCUGCCUCUGCGACUCAGGCUGAGGCGAGCGGUGACACGGUGUCAAGUGCACCCCAAUCGUCUUCAGCACGCUCAGGUCGCAUCGAUGCCGUCCCCGUGCGCCAUGACGAGGACGGGAUGCGCAAAGCUGUGCGUGCGCUGCAGCACCGCGCGAGUCAGCAGGCCCGUGAAGCCGCCGUCGCUGCCAACGACACGGAUGGCGAGACGGCCACGACAGAGAGGCCAAGCUUCUCUCUGUUCUGGGUUCAGCUGACACAGGCGAAGGUGGAUGUUGUUCUGCCCCCCGCACAGCCACCCACGCCCUCCGCUGCGGUGGCGGCCGAAGAGGAGAGCGAGACCGCCGAGAGAGCGGCGUACGAUGGGCGCGGCGGCAGCCGUGACACGGCCUCUGCCCACACGGUAGCGCAGUUCCGCAGGGUGCACGACACGAACCGACGUGUGCUGCGCAUCAUCGAGGCCUGCCCGGAUGAGACACUCAUCGUCGUGCUGACGGGCCGUUGCGAUGGGGAGGCCGGAGGAAACCACUUCUCGCGAGCGCAGGGCACAUGCUUCGCAUUCGUGAAGGACAGCAGUGCACCUGGUCCUCGUCCAGAGGAGCUGGCCAAGCUGACCGACGAGAGCAGCGUGAGCGCACUGCCGCGUGCGUCAGCAGCGGGCGCUGCCGCGGAUAGCAUACCGCUGCCGGAUACGAGCGCGCUGGCGGCAGCUGCGGUGCCGCAUUGUGUUGACAGGGAGACUGCCAUGGUGGAGCACACACCUCUCGCCUGCCAGCAGCAGUAA